AUAGCCACGGUUUUUAACUUGUCCUGUUUAUCACACCUUCAAAACCACGAAAACAAAAGCAGAAAGAGAGAGAGAGAUGAUGGCUGCAUCUGGGCAGAGAGAGUAUGUGGCUAUUGCGAAGCCUGUGAUGCUGGAGAACAAUCAGAUGUCCCUUGCUUUUGAGCGACGCCUCUUGGAAGGGAGCUGCAUGAGCAGGUCACGUGUCUCUUGUACACUAAUUACCGGUUUCUUGGGGAGCGGCAAAACGACACUUGUGCGACACAUUCUCCGGAACAGAGGCGAUCUGAGAAUUGCUGUGCUAGUGAAUGAGUACAGUGAGGUCGAUAUUGACGGAGUCAUUGUGCACAAUGCUCAUUCUCACGCUUCCCUUGGACUUCCUUCAGCUGAGUUAGCAAGUGGUUGUGCCUGCUGCACCAAGCAGAAUGAUAUGAAACAGGCAGUGAAGGACUUAAUGGUGGGUGGUCAUGAUUUUGAUCAUCUUAUCAUUGAGACAUCUGGUGUUGCAGAUCCAGGCCCAUUGGCGUUGAUGCUGGAGGAACUGAAUGUACAGCUUCAUCUCAUCGUCACUGUUGUUGACGCAGAAAACCUUCUGAACGUUCUAGAUAAUCCAAUCGCAAGGCGCCAGCUCAGCUUUGCAGAGAUUGUACUGAUCAACAAGUGCGACCUUGCCUCAUUGGGCACAAUCUCAGAUGUGGAAGACAAGGUGGAAGCAGAAAUCGGAAAUGUUAGGGUUGUGCGUUGCCGAUUUGCACAGGUUCCUCUCCCACUCGUUGUUGACGUUAUCGAGGCAGUGAGCCCGGCUCCAUCCUCAAUGAGCAACGAUGACGCGGGAGUCAUGUCACAUGAGAAGGUAAUCACUCAAACAACUCUGAGACGUGCGGCAGACAAUCAAAGUAAGACGGAUGCGGAUAGCGAUGGGACUAGAAAAGUUCCGGGAUCGCAUAGUGACAAGGACGGGAAGGAAGAUGCAAAGGCAGAGCGAAGGAGAAAAUUGGCCAAUGCUAAUCGUGACAUACAUAUCCAUGAAGAGCUAGGGUUCACGUCUUUGGUCUUCAAAUCGGACGAACCAAUCCUGUUAUCUGCAUUUCAAGACUUCGUCAGGAAUGGAGUGCUGAAAACCCAUGGAUUGCUUCGCGCUAAGGGUGUCCUGUGGUUCCAGGAGGACAGGAACAACCGGUAUGUGUUUCAAUACAGUGGAAAGAAGCGAGCAGAGACUGUGUGCGACUCAGUUUGGGAGAGUCCGCCCAGUGUGAAAGUGGUUUUCAUAGGCCGUGAUUCAGACGCACUGAAGGCCUUGCGGUCAAGUCUGUCUCAGGCGGUCUCGCCUCCUAGCCGAGAUGAUGCUGCAGAUGUGGGAGUCGGAAAGGCCAAGCAGUUUGCUGCUAUGGUGGCUGCUGAUCAACGCUUCCAGCUGCUCAGUUCAGGAGGCGCUUUGGGGGCGGACAACAUAGAGGGAACCCAGGGAGGCAGCGAGCUCCUGCACAAGCUUGCACCAUCGCUUGUCAGAUUUGGAAUGGUUGGGUAUCCCUUGAAGAGCAUAACUGAGGCUGUACUUAAUACCGAUCUAAUGUGCACGGUUAAUGCAAGUGGAGCGCUUUUCCUGACAGCUGCAACCCCGCCUCAUUGCGGUCAUUUUCUUCAGUUAGCAUUUGGAGCAACAAGUGAAAGUGAUGAAGCAGCACAGGAUCCAUCAGUUUGUUGGAAGAUAAUCAGUGACAUCGCCUCCCGUGUACUCAUCAGAGCUCACCGGGACGUAUGUCCUUGCAGGUGUGACUACACAAGAUCUGCCUAACACCUUCGGCUUUCCGAGUUUUGAUUCCGCCAUCAAGAAGCAACAGUGAGUACAUGAUCCCACUGCUUUAGUACAUGAACAUACAUUUUCACUGCUAACUUAGUAAAUUGUCUUCGGAUGGACUGAAAUUGUCUUCUGAUGGACUGAAAUUGUCUUCUGAGAUAACACUUCAGCACACGAUGACUCUGCUACAGUACAUGUACAUUUUCAACUAAAUUAGUGAGUUGUCUUCCGAUGCAAAGUUUGCGAAACACCAAGGUGAAUUGACACAACUUCAAGCUGAUGCAAUGCCAACAAGAUGAAUGGAGAAAUGAAUGUGGCAAGGUGGACUGUAGACGGGUGGGAGAAUGUUGGUAAGAGAAGCCCAUAUAUGCCUAGAGAGGCGGUUAUGAAGGGUUCAGACGACAGCAUUCAUAAAAUAGACCUUCAGAAAUCAACAGAUGGGAUGGGCAGCCUGACAUGCUGAGGGAGGGACUGGUUGUGAGAGUAGGUGAGGGUGAAAUUAAGAUACGAGUAGUGUGAAAUAGAGUGGUUAUUGACUGCGAUAGAGUUGUAUGGUGUAAUAGGGACGAUAGAGUGGGAUUGAGUAGAUGAGUUAAGGUGAAAUAGAGUGGAGAAGAGUGGAUGAGUGUGAUGAAAUGGAGUGGCUAAAGAAACCUCAAAAGCAUCCUGGCAAAAAAAAAAAAAAAGCACUGAAAUUAGGGUACUUUUUCCAUUGGCCCACACGUCGAAGAGUGGCAAAAAUGGAAAAUGCACCACAGCGACCAUUUCAGCAUCAAUUUUUUUUAUUUUUUUUUUUUUUAUUAUUUUUUUUUUUUCUUUCUUUUUUUUUUCCAGAUAUUUUUCGUAGGAAGAUAAGGACCUAAUCUACGGGCCCUCCAAUUUUCAGGAUUUUCAACGCAUUAUUCUGAGCUGGAAAAAUCACUGAAGUUAGGGUGCUUUUUCCGUUGGCCCACACGUAGUGGAGCAACAAAAAAUGGAAAAUGAACCAAAUCAGCGCGG